AAUUUAUUUUGAGGCAGAGAGUGAGUUGUCGAGAAGAGGAAGUAGUAGGUAGCAGCAAUGGACUCGUUCUCGUCACCUCCGAGUGGACCAGGAUCGUCGAUGUCACCCGACGAUUUAAUGGACCAGUUAAAGACUCAGCUUGCCCAAGCCUACGCGCAGGAGUUCCUCGAGACUGUAAGGGAGAAAUGCUUUGACAAGUGUAUCACAAAACCAGGGUCCAGUCUUAGCAGUGGUGAAGGUAGUUGCAUCUCUAGGUGUGUUGAUCGCUACAUUGAAGCCACCGGGAUUAUUAGCAAAGCUCUCUUUAAAUCAUCAUCACAUUAAAAUAUGGAGCAGCUAUUCAAUGUUGGAGUUCUAAAAUCGCGGACGACGUUUUGUGUUUCACAUUAUCAGUUGCGUUGCCAAUAUCCCGCGCAAAGACCGAUUUUUGUAACAUUUUAUUCAGCUUUAUGCAAUUACGCUCCUAUGUUUUGGCAAUUCAAAACUUUGCAACUUUAGGGUUUUUACAUAUCACCAAUUUUGUUGAUUUACAUAUGAUUCUGUUUUAUUGUUUGAGUU